CUGCUGAUCUGAGAGACAGACAGGCAGAGAGAGAGAGACAGGAGGGAGGGAAUGAGGGAGGAAAAGGCGUGUCCUCGUGCAGAUACGAUCCUUACUGCUACAACUCUCUCUCAAUCUCUCUCUGUCUGUGUUUGAUUCACUACAGCGCUGCAGAUCGCAAGGAAAGAGGAACAACAUAGUGGAAGAGUUUGAUCUGCUGUUCAGCAUCAUGGCGUCUGCGGCCCCUCAGAAGAGGAUGGUGUCGUCUGUCUUCAUCACUCUGGCGUCUCCGUUCAAGGCGACUGUCACCCCGACAGCUCACGUCCACAGCAGCCCGCGGCGCCGGAGCUCUGCGUCACAGGACGGACGGACCGGCCCGUCCACACCCACCAGCCCGCUCUACGCCCAGCCCACCGCCGCCCCCUACAGACGGGACAGCACACGCGCUCCAGACGCGGUUGUAAGCAGUUACCCUGAUGACCUCCCCCUCCCGCCUCCUCCACAUGACCCCUGCGACCCCUGCGACCCUGAGCCCGGACCACCAGACGCCCCAGCAGAGGAGAGCGCUGUCGGUGGAGCGGCGCUGAGAUCGGCGCCCUCUGCUGGAGGGAUCGUGAACGAGCCUUCAGCUGGACCGCACUGCACCGAUGUGUGUGGAUUCUGUCGGAAGCUGGUGCCGCUGUCCGAACCUGCCAUCGACGCUCUCAACCGGACGUACCACGCCGCGUGUUUCCAGUGCCGGCAGUGCCACGCGCCUCUGGCAGCCAAACUCUACUACAAUAAAUCUGGGAUCCCUCUGUGCGAGGACUGUUACCAGGCCAGCCUGGAGCCGUGCUGGGCGUGUGGUGACGUCAUCAAAGACCAUGUGAUCCGAGCGCUGGAACGAGCCUAUCACCCGCCCUGUUUCGUGUGCACAACGUGCAGACAGCCAAUCGGAGAGCAGCGGUUUGCGCAGGGGGAAGUGGGUGAGGUUUACUGCCUACAGGACUACUACAGGAAAUACGCACCGCAGUGCCGCGUGUGCGCAGAGCUGAUCAUCCCGCGCGAGGACGGAACGGACAGCUUCACUGUGGAGUGUUUGGGUCACUCGUACCACGAGGACUGUUACCGCUGUGAGGUGUGCCGUGUGCUUCUGUCUCCGGAGCCCAACGAGAACGGCUGCCACCCGCUGGACGGGCAGAUUCUGUGCAAACCGUGUCACGUGUCGCUGAUCCAGAGCGCGGCGCACUAAACCUGCACAUCACUGUGACGAUGAUGACACACCGAUUGUAUUAGAAACUGAAAUAUAACAUUGGGACCAUGGCUAAUACUUGCUUUCUUUUCUUUUAACAUUCUGAAAGAGUCUCUUCUGCUCACCACAGCUGCAUUUAUUUCAUCAAAGUGAAAUAUUAUUACAAUUUAAAAUAUCUGCUUUCUGUGUGAAUAUCUUUUGUCCUGAAUCAGACGUAUCAAGUAGUCUUUUGCACUCUUUUUUGUAAUAUGCACAAAAUGCAAAGCACCAAAGAUAUUUAUUCAACAGCAGCGACACCAAAAUCCCAUAUUCAUUGUUAUUUCCAUUGUAAUAGGAAUCUGACUACAAAUAAACUACUAAUAUAUGCCA